GUUGGAACUUGGCUGGCCUUGCCUUGUCUGCUCAACCUGACCAGGCCGCCAAGGCACCAAAUCCGAACCCGUUGUUGCUUGGGUCGUGCUUGCCUCGUCUUGCAACUCAACUUCGACCUCUCAAACUCAACAUCACCGUAUCCAAUAUCCAUCCUCUUCUCUACUCAUCCACCCCCAUACAACACCGCGUCCGCCGCCCUUCCAUCACAGUCGCUCAGUCUCUCUCUCUUAUACCACUAAAGACGAAAUGGCGGAAAUCCGUCGAAAGCUCGUCAUUGUAGGUGAUGGUGCCUGCGGUAAGACUUGCUUGUUGAUGUAAGUCCUCCAUCGCCCUUCCAACCACAUCCGCCUCUGCGCUGGAACAUCAAGAACAUCUAUACUGACCACAUCACAGCGUAUUCUCCAAGGGUACCUUCCCAGAGGUAAGCGUCCUCCGAUACACUCUCGAUUAGCAGAAAUCUUGGCCUGGUCCACACCGCGUCCACCGUCAACAGUCCACCGUCAACCCGUCACGAUAGCUUCCGCCUGCUCCAGCAUACAAUGGCAGAAGUCCAGAGUUCAAUCCACACUGCUAACGGAUGAUUUGUACAGGUCUAUGUCCCAACUGUCUUCGAGAACUACGUUGCCGAUGUCGAGGUCGAUGGAAAGCAUGUCGAGUUAGCAUUAUGGGAUACGGCUGGACAAGAAGAUUACGAUCGUCUCAGACCUCUCUCAUACCCAGAUUCACAUGUCAUCCUCAUCUGCUUCGCCGUCGAUUCACCAGAUUCCCUUGACAACGUUCAAGAGAAGGUACCGUAACCCCAUGCAGCCGAAAGAUAAGGCAUCACUGACACGUGCCUCAACAGUGGAUUUCCGAAGUCCUUCAUUUCUGCAGCGGACUCCCAAUCAUCCUCGUCGGAUGUAAGAAGGAUUUGCGGUACGACCAGAAGACGAUUGAGGAGCUACACAAGACCAGCCAAAAGCCAGUCACUCCUGAGCAGGUAAGAUAGCAUCCAGAACAUAGGGUGUCCGAGUAGAGGGAACCCUCGGAGUCCUCGUGUGUUUCACGAACACAAACUGACAAUGAACCCAGGGUGAGGAAAUCCGCAAAAAGAUUGGUGCAUAUAAGUACUUGGAGUGUUCGGCAAAGACCAACGAAGGUGUUCGCGAGGUGUUUGAGCAUGCCACCCGCGCUGCUCUCUUGACCAAGAAAGUCCACAAGAAGAAGUGUGUUGUUUUGUAAAGAUACCGCGUUCGACCUUUCUUUCUCUAAUGCGAGUCGGGGUUAUCUGGUCUUUGGUUCCUGCUCGGGGGGUAAGGAUGCUACUAGGACGAGAUAUGUGCUUGCAGAUAUCGUGCAUGAAUCUUUUCACUCGGCGUUGACCUGACAAUCUUUGAUACGGCCUCCACCAACUAUAGCAGAACUCCCCAAAGUCAUCCAAAAUACGACAAUACCACCUCUUCAUCCUCUCUUGGUUUCGGAUAUACAUCUUGUGGCAUGGAGGCUUCCCUCCGUGCUAGGCUAUUUCACCUCUGUCUUCCCGCUACGGUUUUUUUUCCUGCAAGAUCUUGUUGUGUUCUUGCGUGUCUCUUUUCUCUUUUUAGUUUUCUCCCUGCGUUAAGAGUGGAUAUGAAUCAUAAGGCUAUGCUCCAUUGCUGUUGCCGGGUCUUAGUUACUUGGGUGCGUGUCAUUUGGGGAGCAGAUAGGGGGAUUGCGCAUUUUGUACGGUGUAAUAGCAAUAGGGCGUAGUCUAUUAAGAGAUAUUUUUUUUUUAUUUGGAAAGAACUCUUUCACUGAUUGAGUGCAAGCCGAGUGUUGUAUCGACUGUGAUGUUUGCUUGAUGUUCUAUGUAUUCUUGUGUGGCAAGUCUUCGUGUUCUUUUCCCAAAUGCGGCUUUGGAGUCGGCGAGUCAUAAUUGCAACUUGUAUUCUCAUCAUCAUUCUUACUCAUGUUUCGUUAGGCACCAAGAAUUAUAUACUAUCUGUUUCAAACACUCCAUGUACUCCAUUGUCACAAACCCUUACACCCAAACUGCUCAGGAAUCAAAUUUUGGUUACACAUUUUUCAUUGUGCACCAGGUUCCUUUAUACCAGCAAGUAACUUCUAUUUACCAUCUUACUGUUCAUAGGUAGAGCGUCAAUAGCUUUACUUUUAUCAUGAUAUACUCUAAUUUUAUAUAUGUUCAAUCUCAUUUCGUGAUUAGGAGGACUAUUGUGUCUGACUCAUGAUGAGGACUGCAGUCUACGGAGGUACUAACGUGAGUGUCUGGACUAUAGAUUUUAUUAAUAUUAGCUCAUUUCGGUUAUUUUAGCGUGAGGGGUUGUUCGGUGGAUUGUUAUCCCUUUGGGAAUGAUAAGAGAUGGUGUAAAUGGAGGGGAUUUGGUGAAUGAAUGGGCUGAGGUGGUUGAAGGGUGAGUGGUAUUGUGGUUGUGAGUGUUUGUGGUUAUGACGUGUGUGGAUAUUGACUGUCGUGAUUUUAGGGUGAGUUGAGGCGGAAAUCGGAAAUUGAGAGGGUAGGGGAGUUUGUUUGUUGGGUGGUGAAUGGGAG